CCUAUAUGUCUUGAGUCUUACCCGAUUGAUGUCCUCUCAUUUCAUGCAAGCACAUGUGGUGAAGGAAUGGACCCUGCUCAUCAUAGCAGUAUGACAAGGACAGAGGAAAUGCCAAGGACAGAGGAAAUGCCAGGACCUUCAGUUCAAAGAUUGCCAGCAACAGUUUCAGCAGCAUGGGCCAAUGAAGUGGACGCCCGGAAGGCAUGGGAUGCAGCAGUCGGCCAAGGUGUCAACCGACACGUUUUGUCAAUGGCCAUGCAGAAACUGAAGACCGGCUUCAGUAUACAUUUAGGCUGUGCAGCUCUGACAAGCCUUUUUGAAGGGGAAAUGGAACAUCGGGUUCCCUCCGCAGCUGCUGUGCUUCGGGAAAGCAACCUGUUUGAGAUGGCAGGUCGGAUGAUAGGCCUUUCCUUCCUGCAUGGUGGUUUUGGUUUCUCAGGACUAAGUGUGCCUGUAGUGACUCUGUUGACUGGUGGGAGCACGGAUACUGCAGCAUCAGCGCUUACCCUGCUGGACUGUCCUGAUCUUGACCACCGUGAAACAAUUGGUUUUCUCAAGAAUACACAACUUACUGCUCAAGAAACCACCAGUGUGACUGAUCUUUGCCUGUCCUGGGACCUCCCUGUUCCAACCUCCACCAAUCAUGACUGGCUGUUCCAGGAACUUCUUUCCCAUGCAGUACUUCACCGUGUUAGGCAGCCUAUCAAACAGAUUCGCAAAGGCCUUAAAGAAACGGGAAUCUGGCCGCUUGUUUCAAAUAGGCCAGAUGUCCACCCCAUAUUAUUUCCAAGAGAGAAAAAUGAUGAGCUGAACUCACAGACUGUGAUCCAGAACAUCCACUGGCCACAGCCCAAAAGUGACAGCGAUGAAGACGAGGACGACGCCGUUCCAUUGGAGAAAGUCAGUCUCGUCACUGGAUUUUUGAGGCAAUUCAUAGAGGAAGCAUCUCCGAAGGUGCUGCGUGACCUCUUGAAGUUCUGGGUCGGGUGGGAGCUGCUCACAACAAACCUUGAAGUUGAGGUUGUUACUUCAAAAUACCCAGUGGCUCUCACCUGCUUCCUAAAAUUGAAGCUCCCAAGCCACUACCAAACCUAUGAAAAGUUCCACCAGGACUUGAUGAUGGCCCUCAGUUCCAUCAGUUCAGGCUUUGGGCUUGUGUAGCUACACACUGACUCAGUUUGUUUUGUAUUUUUCUGGAGAAGGGUUUGCCUCUCUAUUCAAUACACUGUGUGAGAUACAGGGUUACAGUUGGUACACCUACCGUCUUUUAUAAAUAAAGGACAUUUGGAAAAAGA